AUGGAGAAACCCGUCAAUGACACUUCCGUGUCCCUCGGCGCGCCGGAGGAACGCAAUCACGUUGGCGAGGUAGCCCCGAAAGAGCUCGAAAACACACAGGACGUGGUAGAGGAUGUCGAAAAACGGGAGUACCUUUCCGGUGUCCAGCUCUGGCUGGUGCUUGCUUCCGUCACUCUUGUUGCCUUCGUCAUGCUCCUCGACAUGUCCAUCAUCGCAAUUCCUCAAAUCACAAACGACUUCCAUUCCCUUGGCGACGUCGGGUGGUACGGCAGCGCCUUUCUCCUGGCCAACUGCGCCCUGCAGCCUCUAGCUGGCCGGCUAUACACAUUGACGAGCUACAAGUACACUUUUCUUGCCUUUCUCUUCGUCUUCGAGAUCGGAUCUGCCGUUUGCGGAUCUGCCCAAUCGUCCAAGGCAUUGAUCGUCGGCCGAGCCGUGGCCGGCAUUGGUGGUUCUGGUAUCAUGAACGGUGCCCUCACCAUCGUCUCUGCCAGUUCCCCCAUAGACAAGCAACCGCUCAUGGUAGGGACCAUGAUGGGAUUGAGCCAAAUGGGCAUCGUGUGUGGACCGCUAGUUGGAGGCGCUUUCACACAGGGAGCUAGUUGGCGAUGGUGCUUUUACGUCAACCUACCCAUUGGUGCUCUGGCGGCCGUUCUGCUCCUCACCAUUCGCAUCCCUGAUCAUCGCUCCUCUGAGAUUGCGUCUGGUCAAACGCGUUUGAGAACAAUAGUUUCCAAGCUCGACCUGACUGGCUUCCUCUUUUUCGCUGGCUUUGCCGUCAUGGUGGAGCUGGCACUCUCGUGGGGAGGGUCCGACUACCCCUGGAACAGUCCAACCGUGAUCGGUCUGUUCUGCGGGGCCGCCGUCUCCUUGGCGAUCUUUGUGGCAUGGGAGCACCGCGUUGGUGACGAUGCCAUGAUCCCAGGCUCUGUUGCCUGCCGGCGUGAAGUCUGGAGCGCUUCCCUUUACCUAGGCUUCUUUUCUGGCGCGCUACUAUGCUUCUCAUACUACAUGCCCAUCUACUUCCAAGCCGUCAAAGGAGCAUCCGCUCUUAUGAGCGGUGUCUAUCUCCUCUCCGGGAUCUUGCCUCAGCUAGUCAUGGCAAUCUUGUCCGGCGCACUCAUUGGAAAAAUGGGAUACUAUUUACCCUGGGCAUUGGCUAGUUCCGCUAUCAUGCUUGUUGGCGCUGGUUUGACGACAACCCUAACGGUCAAGGCAACGGUUCCCCAGUGGGUUAUGUAUCAGUUCGUCGCCGGAUUCGGUCGAGGCUGUGGCAUGCAAACGCCCGUCAUUGCGAUCCAAAACACGCUCCCAACCAGACAGAUCCCGCUCGGCAUGUCACUGGUCAUCUUCACGCAGACCUUCGGAGGGUCCCUCGCGCUGACGAUUGCGCAACUCGUCUUCAACAGCUGCUUGGAAGCGGCCAUUCCCAAGUUCGCCCCUACGGCAAACGUGGACGCCAUAACGUAUGCUGGCGCGACUGGCUUCUCCUCGGUGGUCACUCCAGACGAGCUUUCUGGCGUUCUGCGCUCUUACGCCUAUGCCAUCGACAAGACUUUCUAUGUUGCGCUGGGUGCUUCAGCUGGGACAUUUUUGUUUGCUUGGGGCAUGGGAUGGCGAAAGAUUCAGCAAAAGAAGGGCAAUAAUACUUCGGGCGUUCAAAGUCAACCAGCGGCGGGUGAUGGAAGCAGAACAGAAAGAAACGAGGUUUAG